AUGCCUCAAGCGACCUUAACCUUUACCAUGGCCGUGAUUGCCGUCAUAACCCUGCUCUUGGCCGUUACCUCUGCAAAAGCUGCCCUCAAUGGCAUUUCCACCUUUCGCGAUGGCGAUACUCUGUUCGCCCCUGACCGGGACGGCAAGAUCGUAGCACACCAAAUCAUCAACAUGACGACGGAGGUUCAGCUCCCGGGAAUGGCGGACAAGAUCACAGUGCCGGGGACCAUCGAGCAGGUCGUCGCGUUCAUCAACGCCACUUACCCGGGACACGAUUGGGUCGCUGACGAGGAAUCCAACGCCACCACAUCUGUGUUCUCCCCCGAGGGCAACACGGUCUACUGCAAUAUCGGCAAGCAAGGCUCCUAUUACACCGCUUUCAUGAUCCAAACGUAUCUGCGGCAUUUCGGGAGCCACAAAAACAGCGUUCUACCAGGCCCAGGCCAUUGUUUUCGAGUCUCUUGCCGCAAAGACUACGACCGGACAGCGGCAUUCUAUUUCUGUAAUGAUGACACACGGCAAGUCACUUUUACCUUCGAUGACGUUGCCGACAUGGCACAGAUAGUGAUGGACAAGUGUGUUGAGUUCGGUACACCACUUAGCUGGGUGAGAGGCCAGGCAUUCCAUGCAAGCCUUCCAUGGAAUGUCAUCGUGACGGCUGAGGAUCGCUGUUAG